GGCGUUCCAUAGAGUUUCCAAAUCAAGGCGAGAAGAUGGAAGUGGCCUUCGUCUCGGGCGCGCUACAGGUCGUCGUCGCCGUCGUCAACAACGUGCUCGGGAAGCCCCGCGUGCCCACAGACCCGAUCGCACAGCGCCAAGUUGAGCUCCAGCACGAGCUCCUCGAGGCCAAGAAGCGCUGCGUCGCGCUCGAGCUCGAGCUCGCCGACGUGACGCUCAAGCUCACCAAGCAAGAAGACACCGUAAAACAGCGCCGCCUCAAGCACGCUGUCGAGCAGCUCCAGCUGCAGAUCCGCUGGCAGCGGCUCGAGCGGCGUCAUCGACUGCAUCAACUGCGGUUGUGGCUACCGCGCGUGGUGGGCCUCUUCGCCCUCGCCUUUCUAGUCUAUGCGGCCGUCGCCUCUAUCUGGCAAUACUGGCCGCGCCUCUUUGCCUCGCAGCUCCAGUGACGUGCCACGUAUAGUGUAGUCGCAGGCAUCGAGUGCGACCCAGUACAUGUAGUAACACAACGAGUGCUGUCCUGUUGUCAUGACGAAAGAUCGGGAUUCGACUUGAAACGACGCGAUGAGUCUGAGCCCACUC